CCUGUUAGCCAAUAAGCUUUGCCGAUAUCCCGCCCCGCAGACGCAUUCCAAGCAUGGCUCACUGGGGCCGAUCCGCCGAUCAGUCCAGCUGCGAACUCCGGGAACAGAGGGUAUCCUGUGGUGUUAUCCUUCAACAACUUCUUCGAGUCACAAAACGAUACCUCAUCGGGAAUUUGUCUAUUACCUUAUAAUCGUAAAAUAGGUUGUGAAAUCGGAUUUGAAUUUGGCAAUUGUGCGAUAUUCUUAGUAGUUUUGAAAAAAGGAACUGAUAGUGGAGCCGGUCAUCCGGACUUAUCAAAUUGUGAAGUGGAAGUGGUCCUUUUAAAGAACUGGUCAUUGAAAGGAACAAAUAUGACGCUUAAGUUAAGUUAAACCAACAGUAGACUUCUUUCUUUUUUUGCUUCUUCCAAAGGUCCAAAUUGCCUUUAGAAUGGAAUCCAUCAGGCGGCAAUCGUCAGUACAACAUUGUUAGGUCAAAGGAUAAGUCUUAUCGUAAGAUAGUGCUUAGUUUUUGUGAAAGGACAGGUUUUUCUCGUAAUACUAUUGAUGAACUGGUUGACAACAUAAAUGUAUUUUGAUGUGAAGCAAGAAGACAACGGCAGAAUGAUAAAUGCAUUUAUGGACUCGAGUCAUCAUCAUUUGGCCACCUAUGGAUUGAAGAUGAGCCCAAGUCAUCAUGCUGGUGGAGGCGCAACAAUCCCAUCGCCUCACCAUCAGAAUCCGGCGGCUGCAAUGACGGCUCCUGACGUGGGUCCCGCGGGCCAAAAUCAUCACUUUCAACCCAACUACUCGCAUAUGGGUCACCUAAAUCCCCAUGCUGGUUACGCCGCACGAGAUUUCCUUCUGCGCCGGGACCAUCACGAUUUUCCGACGGCUCAAACUGCUCCUGCGGAUCCGGUACUUUUUCACCAUCCCCAUGCGGACAUGACGCCCCAUCAGCAUCACCAUCUCGGGCCACACCAUCAAAUGUUAUAUUCGCGAACGGCGGAUCCUCAUCACGCAUAUGCACAACCAAACCAUCACCAUCAGUACCUUAAUCAUCACAUGGGAAUGCCGCAUCAUCCGUCGAAUGUACACGGCGCCUUCUUUAGAUACAUGCGACAGCCCAUCAAACAAGAGAUGCAAUGUCUCUGGGUGGAUCCUGAUCAACCGCCGCCGAGAAAGACAUGCGGUAAACAUUUCACGAGCAUGCAUGAGAUUGUCACGCAUCUGACGGUCGAACACGUGGGUGGACCAGAGUGCACGACACACGCGUGCUUUUGGCAAAAUUGUUCGAGGAAUGGAAGACCGUUCAAAGCAAAGUACAAGCUAGUUAACCACAUUAGGGUGCAUACAGGAGAAAAGCCUUUCCCGUGCCCUUUUCCCGGUUGUGGGAAGGUCUUUGCGAGGAGCGAGAACCUCAAAAUCCACAAAAGGACGCAUACUGGUAAGUGGUUCUUUUGGUUCCUGGUGGAG